AUGACGACAGACUUGGCCGAGGCCAUACAAGGUCUCCGCCUCGACGAGAAAGACGUCAAUAUCGACGACAUUCUAUUCGAGCAACGUCCCCGUAAGCGUGUGAGGCAGGACUCGUCAGAGCUCAAAAGAAGUCUGGAGAAGGACUUCCUCUCGCCAUCCACCUUCUUCUCCAAUGACUGGCUCAACCGGCUCCAGCAACGCUGGGACUGUCCUGUCGACUACACGGAACUCUUCAGGCUUGCUCCGCCGCAGACUCGCACCGUGACCCGGUUCCAGCGUCACGGCCUCGAGGGCAGGGUCACCGGCUACAAGAACGUCACAGUCCCUGCCAACAGUGCCACGGCCAAGAACUCGACCUCGUUCUCCCGAAAACCCGCUAGCAGGGCCGAAUUCGUGCGCGGCGCCGCUGGCUUCUUUCCUUUUGCUCCCGGCGGCCUCGAGGGCGUCGAGUCGGCUGCAGCGCUCGAGGACCAGCUGCAUCACACGAGCGGCGUCGACGCCGGGUCCUCGAACAAGCUCGAGAGGGUCAUCAAGCUCGGUGUCGACGGCAGCCUUCUCGAGGUUGCCCCCGGUCUCAGCCGCGGUAUCAACUUUUCCAGCAAGAAGAAUGACCAGGACGAGGCCAAGGCUGUCGAACAGGAGCUCGACGAGGAGCCUGAGCGGGCGCCUGACGCGCAGAAUGAAGAGACGGCCGCCAGGGCCGAUGGAGACGACGCUGACACCCCUGAGGAGGACGAUGGCGAAGACAUCGAUGCCAUCCUGCCGGUCGAGUUUCCUGCCCUCGAACCACAUGGCACACUCGCGGCGUCCAGUGCGCGAAAGGCUGGCCGCGAAUGGGCGCACAUGGUCGACAUCGACAGGGAUAUAACCAACUUUAGAGAACUGGUGCCCGACAUGGCGAGGGACUGGCCGUUUGAGCUUGACACGUUCCAAAAGGAGGCCAUCUACCACCUCGAGAAUGGUGACUCUGUCUUCGUGGCGGCCCACACGUCGGCAGGCAAGACGGUGGUUGCCGAGUACGCCAUAGCCUUGGCUGCUCGGCACAUGACCAAGGCCAUCUACACCUCGCCCAUCAAAGCGUUGAGUAACCAAAAAUUCCGUGACUUCCGGCAGGAAUUCGACGAGGUUGGUAUUCUCACGGGCGAUGUUCAGAUUAACCCUGAAGCCAGCUGUCUUAUCAUGACGACUGAGAUUCUUCGCUCCAUGCUGUAUCGCGGCGCUGAUCUCAUCCGAGACGUCGAGUUUGUCAUUUUCGACGAAGUCCACUAUGUCAACGAUCUAGAACGUGGCGUCGUGUGGGAGGAAGUCAUCAUCAUGCUCCCGGAACAUGUGUCCCUCAUCUUGCUGUCAGCUACUGUUCCCAACACGCACGAGUUUGCCUCUUGGGUGGGCCGAACGAAGCAGAAGGAUAUCUAUGUCAUCUCUACACCGAAACGGCCAGUACCCCUGGAACACUACCUAUGGGCCGGCAAGGACAUCCACAAGAUCGUCACGGCCGACAAGAAGUUCAGCGAAAAGGGCUGGAAGGACGCCAAUGCUGCUCUUCAAGGCAAGGAGAAGCCCAAGCAGAUCGAGAGCAGCGGCAACGCUCGCGGCGGCGGUCCGUCAAGAGGAGGUCAGAGAGGAGGCCAGCGCGGCGGGCCUCAGCGCGGCGGCCAGAGGGGCGGUGGAGGCCAGCGAGGCGGAGGCGGUGGUCAACAGAGAGGUCGCGGUGGUCCUCCCCGUGCGAGCCAUGCACCAGGGCACAUGGGCCGUGGUGGACGAAGUGGAUUCGCAUCUGCUGCUCAAGACAAGAACAUCUGGGUCCACCUCGUCCAGUUCCUCAAGAAGAACACGCUGCUGCCCGCUUGUAUCUUCGUCUUCUCGAAGAAGCGGUGCGAGCAAAAUGCCGAUGCGCUCAGCAACCAGGAUUUCUGCACAGCAUCCGAGAAAAGUGCCAUUCACAUGACGAUCGAGAAGUCGGUUGCUCGGCUUAAGCCGGAGGAUCGUCAACUACCACAAAUCAUCCGGCUUCGUGAGCUCUUAUCUCGUGGCAUCGCUGUCCAUCAUGGUGGUCUGCUUCCCAUUGUUAAGGAGGUUGUCGAGAUUCUGUUCGCUCAGACCUUGGUCAAGGUUCUCUUCGCCACGGAGACUUUUGCCAUGGGUCUCAACCUACCUACGAGGACUGUCGUUUUCUCCGGCUACCGCAAGCACGAUGGACACUCGUUCCGCAACCUUCUCCCCGGAGAGUACACGCAGAUGGCCGGUCGAGCUGGACGCCGGGGUCUUGACCCCGUCGGUUCGGUUAUCAUUGUGCCGCCAGGAACCUCCGACGAGGUACCUCCCGUGGUUGAGCUACAGAAGAUGAUUCUGGGCGAGGCGUCUAAGCUGCGCUCUCAAUUCCGUCUAACUUAUAACAUGAUACUCAACCUGCUGCGAGUGGAGGCCCUCAAGAUCGAGGAGAUGAUCAAACGCAGUUUCUCGGAACACGCCACUCAGCAAUUGCUGCCCGAGCACGAGAAGGCAGUCAAGGUCUCUGAGGCCGGCUUGGCGAAGAUCAAGCGUGACUCUUGUGACACUUGCGACAAGGAUAAGGUCAUGGACGUGUGCCAUCAGGCAUCCCAGGAUUUCAAAGAGCUGACCACAAGCCUCUACUCCGCACUGGUCAAGCUGCCGAUUGGUCGCAAGAUGUUUAGCCAAGCACGCCUGAUCAUCUACAACAAGGAUGGUGUUCGCACCCCGGGUAUCCUCCUCGCCGACGGUGCAAGUGUCAAGGGCUCCUCCAGUGGCGCAACACUUCACGUCUGUGAGCUCCGAACACUCCGCGAGACCCGCGACUCGACAGACCUGCUGCCCUUUAUCCCUGCCUUCCGCAAAUACCUCACUCCCCUUCCACAGCACAAGAAGCAGAUGCAGGUCAAGACUCUUCACGUUCCUAUUGCUGACGUGGAGUGUCUGACUCGCUAUACCACGAAGGGCAUCGUGCCCGAUAUCUUCCAGGGGGGUGAAGAGUACCAAAAGGCAAAGGGCAGGCUGCACGCUCUUUGCAGUGGCUGGGAUGAUCUUUGGGACGAGGUCGAUCUUGCCAAGAUUAGGAACCUCGCACUCCAGGAGAUCAUUGAAAAGCGUCAAGAGGCUGUUCGCACUGCUUCCCACUCGCCUGCGCUCGAGUGCCACAAUUUUGUCAAGCACUUCGCCAUGUGUCACGACCAGUGGCUCAUCAAGGACCAUAUCGCCCAGUUGCAGCUGUCGCUGUCCAACCAGAACCUCCAGCUGCUUCCCGACUACGAGCAGCGCGUCCUCGUCCUCAAGGAGCUUCAGUUCAUUGACGACAGCGCUCGUAUUUUGCUGAAGGGCAAGGUAGCCUGUGAAAUCCAUUCAGGCGAUGAAUUGGUGCUCACGGAGCUCAUCCUUGACAACGUGCUCGCGGACUACGAGCCGGCCGAAAUCGCCGCGCUUCUUUCGGCUUUUGUGUUCCAGGAGAAGACAGACAGCGAGCCGACGUUGACGGGCAACCUGGAGAGGGGCAAGCAGACCAUCAUCGACAUUAGCGAGAAGAUCAACAAUGUCCAGACGAUUCAUCAGGUCAUCCAGUCGACGGACGACUCGAACGACUUUACGUCACGGCCGCGUUUCGGCCUGAUGGAGGUUGUGUACGAGUGGGCCCGUGGCAUGAGCUUCAAGAACAUCACCGACCUGACUGACGUGCUCGAAGGCACGAUUGUCAGGACCAUCACCCGACUCGACGAGACGUGCCGCGAGGUCAAGAACGCGGCUAGGAUCAUUGGCGACCCUGAGCUGUACCAGAAGAUGCAGGCUGCGCAGGAGCUGAUCAAGCGGGACAUUACGGCCGUGGCAAGUCUUUACAUGUAG